AUGGGCUUCAUAAACCCCAUUUUCCCUUCUCCAAUCUCACCCGACACAUGGGACCGUUACAUUCAAGCGUAUCCCACACACGAAGUCCGUCCUCUCAAAACCUUCUACACUGAAGGCACUGUGGACAUCGACACAAGUCAACACAAGCCAAACAUCACUUUUAUUCUCAAAGGCCAAGGGUCCCUCGUAACCUUUGAAUUUGCACAAAACAUUACUGGCCGAUCUAGACUACACCUCGAAACAGAUCCUACACUCGCAUUUAGGAACCAAUCCAUCGGUAUCUCGCUUUCUACCUCUGCUCAUCGACGAGAUAACAGUACCCGACUCCUCCCACUACUCAACGACACUAUCAUAGAAGAUGUCCGUGACGUCUUCAAAUAUGUCACUCUUUUUAUCCCUCCUUCAUCCUCUUCAGUCUCCAAAAAUGGAACAGCAACCAUAGCACUGCGCGAUGUGUGGGUUGUCUACUUGGACAAUAUACACGAAGAGAGCGAAGAAAAAACGAUACUGGAGAAGAUAACUGGGGAUGGGUUAGAGGUGGAACUUGAGGAAGAAGAUGCAGAACAAGUUAAAGCGGAAACAAUCAGAAAAGCAAAGAAUAGCUUAUUGGCUGGUAUAUUAAAGAUAUUAAAGGAUUCUUGGGGAGGAUAG